AUGAUCGGCACAGCAUUGGAGUCUUCUCCCCGCACUCUCUCGUCUUCCACAGCCGCCGGGGCUGCGUCGUCCGGCGUCGAGAAGAGCUCGGAUGCGCAGACGCGUGCCGCGCGCGCGGCGUCUCUCUCUGCCUCGGUAGUCGCCAAGCCGUUCGACCGGAGUUUGUUUCGCGCCUUCUUGGCGGCGGCUUCGCGGCUCUUUUGCGACGACGACCAAAUUGUCAUUGUCGACUUCCUCGCCCACCACGAGAAGGCCUACACAGAGCGGGACUUGAUCGAGAGACUCGGAUGGCCAGAUCGACGCGUGCGCGAGGCAUGCGCUGCGCUCGAGCGCAUGCAACUCGUCACGAAGGAACAGCUCGGUGGCAUGGGAAGCGCCGCUGGCCGAAAUGACGAGAAAGGCGCAAGUGCGACUCCAGCCGCUCAGGCAAACUCAGGAGCGAAGGGAAGCGACAGCGUUGUGGGAUCUAGCGGCAGCACAGUGAGUUCGAGCAGCGCGGGGGGCGGGGGACCGUCGCCCAAUCCGCCUGCGGCUUCGUCUUCGCCUUUGAGCGCGGGACCGUCGGCAGCGUCUCAGUCUGCUUUCUACUUCAAGAUCUCGCCGUACUGUCUCCUCGUCUUCCACUUUCGUCUUCAACGCGCAGAGCAGCAGGUCGAGGAGCACCGGCGCGCCGCGGAAGGCCGCGACGUUUUCUUCUGUCCAAAGUGCUCAGCCGAGUACGACGCACUGGAGGCGCAACUCCUCGAUGUCGACCCGCGCGAUGCACACUUUCUCUGCAAAUUCUGCAACGAAAAACUCGAGCACGAGAUCCCCUCGUUCCCUCCCUACAGCCGAGCGGAGCGGAGCGCGUAUCGAAACAGACCCGCAGAAGACGGCGGCAAGACUUCCCUCGGCGGCACGGGGAGCACGUCGGGCAGCGCGCUCGGCGACCGCGGCGUCUCUUCGGGCUCGGGGGUGGGCGCUGGCGACGAUACGCUGAGCGACACGAGUCUGCCGGGAGCAGGCUCCGUGCAGCUGCAGAUGCGUCAGGCUCUGGCCGGGACCGCCGAGACGGCGAGGCGACAGGCGCCAGCCUGGGUGACGCCUGAGCACCAGGCCGGAGACGCAGCUGCAGCGCCUGGACGCGGGAACCCUCCUCUGGCGCGCUCCGCGUCGGCUGCUGGAGUGACGGGAGUCGCCGCGGGAGAGCCUGCGGCGCUGGCCGCGCGGUCCUCCGCGCAGGCGCGUCCGCGUCCAGGCGGUCCGACGGAUGCGGCGGCGAGUGUGCGUCCGGGAGCGGCGACGCAGAGGGUUGGCGGCCGCAACCAGAUCCGCUUUUCCAUGAAAGGAGGCUCGUCUGGGACUGGAAGCAAGAGCGCGACUUCGGCGGCGUUCGGCUCGAAGGCCCGCCCGGCGGCGCCCAAAACGAACGCGCCCCAGCUGCAUGCAGGCGCCAGCGCGCAGGCUGGGCAGAGCGUCGUCCCUGCGGCGACGCGACCGAGUGCAGCCGCCUCGUCGGGGCUCGCGCCGUCGAGGUUGACAGGAGGUCGGAUGGGAAACGCAGAGGCCGUGGGUGCCGCAGUCGGCGCGCACGCAGACGGCUACGCGGCGAAACCCGCGCGGGCGAGUGCGGCAGCGCCGAGUCAAAGAGAGGCGCCAGAAGACGCGCAUGGACCGAACGCAGGCGACGGCGGGGCCGCGCAUGCGGACCCGAUCGGGCCUUCGGGUUUCGCUGCUGCGCCUGCAGCUGCGUGUGCCGCGGAGGAGAAUGCCGCAGGCGUCGGGGGCAGCGCGGCUCCGCUGUUCUUUGUUGGGAAACUUGGACGGGAGAUGACGCUCGAGGAAGCCGCGGAGUACCAACUGGAAAUGACAGCUGAAGAGCAUGAGCGGUUCAUGGAGCUCCAAGCGGUCUAUCUCGAUGACAUCUAG